GUUCAUCCUCAUUAAGUAACGAAUCGUCGGCGGAAAUAGUCGCGUGCUCGAUAGUUGGCCCGAGUUAUCGUUGGGGUUUGAUUGAAGUGAGGGAAUAAAAAAAAUCAACUGAGGACUACAUUGUUCACGUAUCGGUCUGAAGGUGAAAGUUCCAGCAGGAUGGUGCUUGAUAUUGCAAUUGCCAGAUACGACAACACCACGCCGUUCGGUUUCAAACUGGUCGGUGGGGCAGAUUUCGAUGUUCCUCUGCAGGUUGUGAAAAUCAUACCCGGAAGCAUUGCCGAGGAGGUUGGCAUGCACAUUGGCGAUGUGGUGGUGAGAAUCAAUGACAUACCAACCAACAACCUGUCGUACUAUGACGCACAUCAGCUGCUCGCGUGUGCCGGGAAUCGGUUCCUUCUUGGAAUUCUCAGAGCACGUGAGGUUCCGCCGCAGCAACGUGCUGUCAAGGAACCAACCCCCACCGGAGAGGUUGAGUACAUCAACACAUCGCCGAAGCCUUUCUGGACGCCAAACACGAACAUCACCCAAUCCAGAGAAGAGCAAGAAAUUGAAGAGAAGAUCUCCGACGUUCCCAUCACCGACGAACAGAUAGCGGAGAUCCUUUCCGGAGAAGCCGAAGUUCUGAAGCAGCAUAAUGUGUUGGGAGUCAACUUUAAGAAGAUGAUACCGACGUCCGAGGUGUUCAAACAAAGCGAGGUAUUUAAAACGUUGAACAGCGAGCUCAUUCAAACGGAGGAGGAGAAGAAGUGGACCACAUUCUUGAAGAAGCCGUCACGCCCUGCACCGAAGACACGCGAGGAGAAACUGCGCGAUAUGCAUCCACCGACAGAGCGCUAUCAGGUACGAAUCGUAAAACAGCCGAAGCCGAAGAUCGCACCCGACUAUAAGCCACCCAAAUCGCCGGAACCAGAGCCCGAGCCUGAACCUGUGCCUCUGUACGAGGAAUAUCUGCACGAGCGAGCGGAGAUCGAAGAGGAAACCACCAGAACACUCGAAGCUGAACCGGUCAUGGAGAAUCCAGAUGAUGCGGUUAAUCAAGCAGUUGAACCAGAGGAAGAGGAGCCUGAGGCAUCUGAGGAGUUUCGCUCCCAGCUUGAGAACGUUCAGAAACAGUUGGAGGCCUUAUCGAGCUUACCGAAUACGAUCCAAGCGACAAUUGCUGCACUAACUGAGCAGUUAUCUGCUCUUGCGCAACCGAAACGAAAAUCAAAAAGUGUUACCCCACGACCUAAAGAAGGUUUCGCUGCGAAUGCGGAGCAAGCGACUGCCGAAGUAUCUUCGGCUUCGCAGAUCGUAGCGGAAGUGUCGGAAACAUUCGAGGUUACCGAACACAGUAAAACGGAGGCGGAACCUUCUGUGAGAGAACAGUCCGCCAGUUCCGACGAAGGAGAACACAUUACUUACACAGACGAACAGUUGGAGAAAUUACAGUUGAAGAUGAAGGAACACGACAUUGAGUGGACCGAUCGGAAUGAUAAGAGUUCGGAGGAUUCUUCCCAGACGGAUGUAAGCCAGGGUGGUACUCGUACGGCGAUCCAAAAUGAGCUGAAGAUGCAAGUCGUUAAGAAGAAGAAGAAAGCGGUCAGUGCGUUCGGACCGUUGACUCCGCAGGAAAGGCCGAUCUUCCUGCCUGGCGGCAGAAAGUGGCGGAACGCCAAAGAUGCCUUCAACGAACAGUUCAUUGCCGAAGUGAUCAGUUCGCAGGCGGAGCUCAUUCAGGGAACUACGCUCGGGAACCUUUACGAAAGUCCUCAUCUGGGUUACGACGAUAGGGUUAACUUUCUCAAGUACCAGAAGCCCGAGAAGGAUCUCAGCUUCAUCAAAAACAGCGACGUCUACAAACUAAUCCACGACAAGGAUCCCCCGAAGACGGGUAUCGAGCUGCGUCCGGAGCUGGUGCUGGCCGAGGAAGAUGUGCGAAAGGUAAUGCAUGAUGAAACCAUAUUCCAACCCCGCAAAUCUAAGGUAUUUUUGUACCAAAAUUGACCCCGAUUCCUCUCAUCUGCUUUUUCAUCAUCCGUUCAUUUCGUCCAUCAUCUCGUCAUCGCGUCAAAUCUGUGAUUGGCAUAUAUUUCGUCGUAACUGGUCUAACUUGCUGCUGCACAUCUCCUGGGCCCGCUGAUCCGGCUCCUGAAUUUGCCUGCCGUACAAAUUUCGACCGACAAAAAUGGAAUGUAAACACAUAAUUGGUCCGAACGACAAUGCAGUGUAUUUCGCCUUGUUGAGAAAAUUAGUUUUUAUCGUUUGUGCAUAUUGUACGGACAGGGAUGUUAUCUUUGCCAAAUGUUUUGAAACUUAUUUUUAUACCAUUAGCAAGAGCUGAAUUAUUUUCUUGUUUCCGUUGUGAUGAUCCCUUCGCUUGAGUUCGCCCAUUUGCAAUCAAAGGACUGUAAUGUUUUAGUGCUCAUUUUUUUCAGUUUCAUUAGAGAGUUUUGUUGCGGUAUAGUUUCAUUUUGCUGUUUGUUUCAAUGAUUAGAAGAUAUUGAACGAAUAUAUUGUUUGUUGGUAGCGUGUAGAUUGCAUAUUGAUUUAAUGGAAGGUGUUCAACGCAUUAUAUUUUACACUAAUUAGGAUUACGGAAUGAAUAAAAACAAAUAACAUAUAAAAGAA